AUGGGUGUGCAAAAGAAGACUCGCAAGUUUGCGCAGAUGAAGCGCACCAUCAAAGCCCACGAUGAGCGACUCAAGAAGGCGGCCACCAAGAAAGAGACUCCCAAGGAGGACCAACUGACUCGCCAAAUCACCCAAGCUCCCUCGAACAUGUUCUUCGCCGCAAACACUGCCCUCGGCCCUCCCUACCAUGUGCUGGUCGAUACCAACUUUGUUUCCCACGCUAUCCGAGCCAAGCAGGACAUGCUUACGUCGAUGAUGGAUCUGCUGUAUGCGAAGUGUAUCCCGACUUUCUCCGACUGCACGAUUGCGGAAUUGGAAAAGCUGGGUGACAAGUACCGCCUGGCACUUCGGGUUGCCAAAGACCCUCGCUGGGCUCGGCUCAAGUGCUCUCACAAGGGCACGUAUGCCGAUGACUGUAUCGUGGAUCGGGUAACGAAGCAUAGAAUCUACAUUGUGGCGACCAACGAUCAAGACCUGUGCCGCCGGCUGCGGAAGAUUCCUGCCGGCAUCCUCGGCCUAACCACAGCCCUACACCUGCAAUCCCACCUCCCCGCAACCCAAACCAUCCUCCUAGUCGCACGGGACUUCUCCCACGGCCCCGAAUCCCUAAACUACGCCUCCGCCUGGGCAGGCGCCCACUUCCGCCCCAUCCCCACCUCCAACCCCCAACUCACUCAAGAGGGAACCCAAGCCCAACGAACCUACACUUACUUCACGCGCCUCGCAGCCCAAGAACCCGGCUCGGGGGUGCAAUCCCUCCCCGGGAUCGAAUACCUCGAGUCCCCACCAGCAGAGUACCUCAACGCCGAGAACAUCCAAACGGCGUACGGGUAUCUAGAUGGGUUCCAACAACUCCAGGGGGAGGAACUCCCCGAGGGAGUGAAAUGGGGAGUCAAGUAUAGCACAUUUGCGGUGAAUCCGCCGGUUUACUGUGCUUGGUUGCUGAGACAGUUUGUUUUGAGGGGUGGGGAGACGAUGGAAUAUAGCGUUGUGGAUUUGAGGGAGGGGUUUUAUCUUGCGGAGGAUGUGAGGACGGUGGUUAAUUGUACGGGGUUGGGGAUGGGGGUGAUGAGGGGGUUUUUGUUAUUAGGGGUGAGACAAACGUGCCUCGUGAGAAACCCCUGCUCGGUGACUAUUACUCGACAGAAUGGUGAUGGCUCGUGGUCGUUUUGUAUUCCCCGUCCGCUGGGUGGUGGCACGAUUGUUGGGGGCACGAAAGAACCGCAUAAUUGGGAUCCGAACCCGUCGUUGGAGACACGGGCUAAAUUACUGGACAAUGCUGCGAAGUGGUUUCCCUUUGAGGAGGGGAGUGAAGGGAAGUUUGAUGUGAUUCGGGAUAUUGUUGGUCGACGACCUGCCCGGGAGGGCGGCAUGAGGAUCGAAGCAGAGAAGUUGAGCGAUGGCCGGGGAGUUAUCGUUCAUGCGUAUGGGGCUGGAGGGCGUGGGUUUGAGCUGUCCUGGGGGAUAGCAGAGGAUGUGUUCAACCUGAUGAGGGAGAAUGGAUUGGUGAAGGAAAAAGCCUCGCUGUAG